GCGGACUUCACCGCAUGGACCUGGAGUAGAAUCUGCUGUAAACUGACACGGCUCUCUCACACACACACACACACACACACACACACACACACACACACACACACACACACACACACAUUUGUGGAAACAAAACACACAAGCAAAUCGUGUUUUUCUUGACCAUGACGGAUACUGCAGCCGAGGAGGACAAGGACCCCGAUAUUGAGCUAUUUGUCAAGACCCAACUUCAAACUAAAAAGGGAACCAAUUCUUCUUCUGGUGGAAUUAAGAGUCCGGUGUCAGGUGGUGCAGUUGUGUUUGAUACACAACAUUCACACACUCUAAAUGCUGGGAGUGAUGGGGAACGCAUCGGAAACUGUCCCUUCUCUCAGCGCCUCUUUAUGAUCCUCUGGCUGAAAGGUGUCGUCUUCAAUGUCACCACUGUUGACCUCAAGAGGAAACCGGCUGACCUUCACAACCUGGCCCCGGGGACACACCCGCCUUUCCUCACCUUCCAGGGGGAGGUUCUCACUGACGUCAACAAAGUAGAGGAGUAUCUGGAGGAGAUGCUGACCCCACCAAAGUAUCCCAAGCUUGCAGCAAAGAAUCGGGAAUCAAACACAGCAGGAAAUGACGUAUUCGCCAAGUUCUCCACUUACGUCAAAAACACAAGACCGGAUAAAAAUCGAGCGUUAGAGAAGAGUCUCGACAAGUCCCUGGCCAAGCUGGAUGAAUAUCUGCUGGGUCCGACCCCUGACGAGGUUCUGGGCGGACGCCACAGUGGAACGGGAGACUCCAAACGCAAAUACCUGGACGGAGAUGAACUGACGUUGGCGGACUGCAACCUUCUGCCCAAACUUCAUGUUGUCAAGGUGGUUACGAAGAAAUAUCGGAACUAUGACAUCCCGUCUGAAUUCAGGGGGGUGUGGCGCUACCUUAGCAACGCCUACAGCCGAGACGAGUUCACCAACACGUGCGCAGCUGACGUGGAAAUCGAGCUGGCCUAUCAGGACGUUGCUAAGAGGUUGGGAAAGUGAACGCAUCACUACGUCACCGUUGUACCUCUCUCUCCUCCAUACACACACUUUACAAAGGAUGUCUCCAAGAAAAGAUGAGGGGUUAAUCAUUAUUUUGAAAGGUGGUGUGUAUGUAAUCAUACUGACCGUAAACAAAUGGUAGUCUUGUCAAAUUGAUGAUGAUUGUCAAACCACAGCUGUAACUCGGCUCGCAGGUUGUGUGCACAGUGAGAAUUAUAUCCUGCAGGUAAACAGCUUGGAGAGUGGUGUUAUUUCUUUUUUAAGCCUUUUCCAAAAACCAAUAACAAAAUAGCAUAAGUGUAAAGAAAGGCGUAAACACUUAAACAGUGUUUAUCUGCUCUAACGUGCCAGAGCAGAACGCUUGACAGGAAACAGUAAUUAAAGGUGUUGGGGCUGAACAAAUAUUUAAUUGAAGAUGUCAAAAGUUAAGGAGGAAAAUAAAUUGUAGUUUGUGAUAGCAGAUCUGCAGGCAGCCGAUGUUGGAGGUUGUGUGUGUAUUACCCCUUUCUGCUCACGUUAACUUGCUUAUUAAACCUAAAUAAUGUCACGUUGUUCAUUUGCUUAUGUUAUAUUAAUAGUGGGAUGCAUAAAGCAGGGUUUGUGUUGUGUUGUGCAAGAAAGUGUUAACUGUUAUUGUGAUUCAGCCAAAGUAAUUUAUCUUUUAUUGGGGCGGUGUCAGCUUUGUAGAUUUUAGAGAUAUCUCCCUCUUUUUCUUGAAGAAGCAAUGAUUGAAAGUGUCUUUACUGUAUCAUACGGAUCCGUGUCUGAAAUGGUCACAGUCUGAGUGUAUUUCAGAUCAAAACUAUACUUUUUAAAUCGAUAAAUGAGCCGAUAGAAACAAGACAAACAAACCAAGUUUACCCCAGCUGUUGUGUUGUCAUGUCAUUUUAAUUAUGAGUGCCUUACUGGGAAUCAAGCUCUGCUCUGCCUUCAGCUCUUUAUGUCUGUACAGUAAAUUAUAUAUGUCUGAAUAUAAUAUGAAUAUGAAUGAUUGAUGUCAUCAAAGGACUUCUCCUGCCCCACAGAGCUGUGUGAUAUUAUAACAUUUCUGUAAAUGAUUGUAGCUUGACUAUAUUCCUAUUCUUUCUGAUGAUAAGAACCAUGAACUCACUGUGUAUAUGUCCCCUAUUUGAAUAAUAAAUCUAUUUUCUCAGAGACUGA